AUGACGCAUAUUUCUAUCUUGCUUCAUUUGUGGAAUUUUAAGAUGGUCUUGGAUUUCGGUGUAGGCUGUUCUAGUAGUAGCAGUGGUGGUAGUGGUGGUUUAUUCGGUGGUAGUAGCGGUGGUGGUAGUGGUGGUUUAUUCGGUGGUAGUAGCGGUGGUGGUAGUGGUGGUUUAUUCGGUGGUAGUAGCGGUGGUGGUAGUGGUGGUUUAUUCGGUGGUAGUAGCGGUGGUGGUAGUGGUGGUUUAUUCGGUGGUAGUAGCGGUGGUAGUAGUGGUGGUUUAUUCGGUGGUAGUAGCGGUGGUUUAUUCGGUGGUAGUAGCGGUGGUAGUAGUGGUGGUUUAUUCGGUGGUAGUAGCGGUGGUUUAUUCGGUGGUAGUAGCGGUGGUAGUAGUGGUGGUUUAUUCGGUGUUACUAGCAGUGGAUCUGAUGUUAGUAGUAGUGUCAGUUUUGCCUCUGCUGGAAAUCGCCAAACCUCAGGAAGUGAGUACACCUACUCGCAAUCGAAAGAGCAGUUUUGCACCAAAGACAAAGAUGUCUGCAAACCAUCCUACAGUGGAUACAAGGGCGAAACUGAUGAAAAGAAAGUGGAUAAAGGACCUAUUCCUAAAGGUACGUACACAAUUGACAACAGUUGUUCUAAACAAGGUGAAAGAUGCAAUCUGAUUCCGGACGCCAACAAUAAGAUGCAUGGUCGAUCUAACUUCCAGAUUCACGGUGACAACAAGCAUGGCAAUAGAUCUGCAAGUCAUGGAUGCAUUAUUCUGAAUACGGCAGAUAGAAAAAAUUUGAAAAAAGGUGAUAAAGUAGUCGUUAUCGAAUAA